AGCAAGCGGAAGCAUGCAACUUUGAAAUCAGUCUAACGCUGGAUUGAAUGUAUCAAAACACGCUGUCUUUUCAACUCUAAGUGAUGAUUUCUGUUUGAGAGAGCAGCAUGGAUUCAUCAGAGUCAGAGGGAUUGUGUGCACCGGGUCCCUCCUCUGCACACACUCCCAAACCCAAACUCUCUGCAGCGAUGCGGGCUAAGAUCGAGAGGAACCGACAGCAGGCAUUGAUGCUCCGACAAUCCCGACUAGCGAGCCGCCCUUUGUCCGCUGUGGAAGGAGCUACGUCGGCCAAAGUCUCCAAGACCAUCGACUCUGGAGCCGGCUUCUUCAUCGAGGAGGAGGGUUACGGAGAGGAAGAGCAGAAGGCCAGGACAGUUGUGCAUCAGCCAGCUCCAGUAAUCGAGCUAGACUACCUGGUGUGCGAUGACUGUCAAAAACCCUUUAUGGACUCAUACCUUAGCAACAGCUUUGACCUGUCUGUUUGUGACAAGUGCAGAGACAAUGAUGUGAAGCAUAAGCUGAUCUCCCGAACUGAGGCGAAGAAGCAGUACCUGCUGAAGGACUGUGACCUCGACCAGAGAGAGCCUCCGCUCAGGUUCACCCUGAAGAAAAACCCUCACAACUCACACUGGGGAGACAUGAAGCUCUACCUCAAAGUUCAGGUGGAGAAGAGAUGUAUGGAGGUGUGGGGCUCAGAAGAAGCCCUGGAAGAAGCCAAAGACUCAAGAGAAGAGAACAGAGAGGUGCAGAAACAAAAACGCUUCAACAAGAAGGUCAAAGAGCUGCGCAGGGCGGUGAGGAGCAGCAUGUGGACCAAGGACACCAGCGUCCACCAACAUCAGUACGGACCGGAGGAGGUGGUGGAUGCGGAGGAGGACCUCUACAAGAAAACCUGCACCACCUGCGGACAUGAACUAAGCUACGAGAAAAUGUAGACACUCAAACAAACACACACAUAUAUAUAUACUGUAUAUAUACACACACACACACACAGUGACUGUUAUGUGUCUAUAAGGGGAAGAUUUUUUAUUUGUGCAUUUCUAAUGGUAUUUAUUAUGAAAUCAAACAAGGGGCCAAAGUCAUUGUCGCUUGACGCUUACAGGUCAGUGUCAGCAAUGACUUGUUUUUUUAAACUGCUGUUACUGACCUUGCCUUGAACAAAUGUAUAUGUUUAGCAAAUUGCCUUUCACAUCCAUAGCCUAUUGCAACAUUUCCUGUUUCUUUUGUAAUAUAGGGAUUUACCAUGGCAAUAUACCAACGGAGGAAGACACAACAUUGAACUUUCGAAUACCGUCUUGCGUAAAAUAGUGAAAUUUGGAGACCUUGAUAUAACUGGAGAAUAAAUGACGAGUGAAUUUCAUUUCAUUUUUGGAAUUACAGAUUUCAAUUACACGUACAGUGACGUGUUCAUUGUCAUCAUGUCAAUAUUAAGCUUAACUUAUUCUCCUCUCCUUGUCCGGACUGGGUCACAGGUCAUAUUUCAUAUAUAUUUAUAAAUAUAAUCAGUGUUCUCUCCCUCUAUUCACUAAAGCAUACAUUUCAAAUUAUAAUCAGACAUUUUUGAUAAGCGACAAACUGAAAAUGUCCAGAUAUUCAUACCACAAUUACUGCAAAUGCUUAAGACAUGUUUACAUAUUUGUACAUUUUAAGUAAAGGUUCCCUUAAAAGGUCCUGUAUGUUAGUUUUGAUUUGGCUUUGUGAAUUCCAUUGAUCAAAUGUAAUGAAUAAUUAUUUGUACUCUGA